CAUCUCGCUGCUUUCUCGAACGCACAACCAGCACGGCGCCAUGCAGGACCCGCAGACCCCGCAGAUCGACUAUGUCGUCGUCGGCCUCGGCAACACUGGCGAAGCGGCCGCUUCCUCCCGACACAACGCCGGCUUUCUCUUCUGCGAUUACCUCUCCAACUGCAUCCACAUGCAGCAGCAUCUGCUGGCCACAGGCGGCAGCGUAGACAACCCGACCCUGCCAACCCACCCACCACGCUAUGUCCGCCGCAACGAUCUUGGAGCCGACAUCAAUGACACCGUGUUCACAAUUUUCCCUGGCGAGACUCUUGCAAGCCACUCCGAUGUUGCUAUCGCCAAGGCAUCCAAGAAGCAGUCCGCCGAGCCAGUAUCGCGAACACUUCGUUUGCUCAUCGUCAAGCCCAUCUGGGGAAUGAACGAUUCAGGCGUCGCCGUGCGGAACGUGCUGCUGGCUUAUAAUAUUGCGAACCCGUCCAAGCAGCUCAUCGUCGCCUUUGACGAUCUCAACACCCUGCCGGGCUCGAUCGCGAUCCACACCGGAACAGAUCUUGGAGCCAUUCGCGGCCACAAGGGCGUCGAGUCUAUUGUCCAGCACCUUGGAAACAGCGCCAGCGAGUUUAUCCGAUUCCGCCUUGGAAUCGGCCGCCCGCACGGAGACACCAAGGCUCUCCAGUUCGUCGACGCUUCGUUCCAAAAGGAAAACCGCGAGCUGGAUUUGUUCGGCUACGCCUUGGACCUGACCGCGCAAGCCCUGCAGUACUAUUUUGCUUCCAACGGCGAUUCCAAAUCCACCAAAAAGAAGUUUGGCAAAAGCAAGAAGCUGCCCCUGAACAAGCUUCAGCAGGUGAGCGUCCAGAUCGCACUGGCUCGCAGUCUUGUCGUCGUCCCCUAUUCAAUUAGUGCUGACUCGGCUCUGUAUCUCCAGAUGGAGUCGCUCUCUUUUCCGUUUGAGACGGUUGGUGUGUAGACGGUCUGCGGUACCGCGGUGUCGACUAUAUGCCCUGGUUUGCGCAAAGGCUUGCUCGGCCACACCAAACCUGUGCGGGUACGAUGUGGUUGUCUGCCACUGCGUCCUUUCUUGAUGGGUCUGCGCUCAUCGGUCUGAGAUGCGCGGCUCUUGAAUCUCGCCUUCUGCGCGAUGCCAUUCUUC